AUGACAAGAUUGUACGCUACACGCUGGCCACCUGACCCUUCACCGCGCCCGUCUGACCAUCUACAGCCAAGUCUAGAGGAAGGUCUGUUUGAGCUGGGGAUGAUGGCACCUCCCUACUUUGACCACGUCCUGGAAGCUUACCAGGACAUCCACUACCACUACAAGCGUGGUUUCGACCAACAUGGCCCUGAAUCUUACUACAUCUCCCGCGAGAUUAGGCGGCUAUCAGAGCUGCUACGCAAGCUGUACUUUGCAACAGGUAUGCGUGAGCUGGCUCCGUGGUCAAACCAGCUGAAAUCUAAUGUCCCCACAAUCACAAUUGCACGUUGGCUGAACACAUUUGCGUACCUGAAUAUAUUCGACUACAAAUCGAACCCUCUCUUACCUACGAACAUGGCCAUCCCGCAAGACCCCGCCACUGCGAAUCGGCCAUCAAAAACGAAGGGCACACAGCUAGCACUCGAAGAAAAUAGCGACAUCGCGCGAAUCAGAAAUUGUCUCCAAGGUGGCGCAGACGCAGCCGAGGUCGCAUCAGAAGGAUACCGCGUCUGUCGCAUCAACGCCUUUCUUCGGUGCGACCUUCAACAAGCUCGCAACGAGAUUCGUAAGAACCGCGUCGACAGACAGACACAAUCUGUUCAAGAAGAUGCUCUCAAGGAACUACGUGAUGAGUUGCCCGCAACGCGCCAGAUGCUCGAGCGCCUCUGGGGUUUGCUCAAGCAGCGGAAGGUCAAGAUACCCGACGACGUCAAGGCCGACUAUCAAGCGCUGAAGGCCAAGGACUCGCAUGACUGGCAGCCCCAGCAGAGGGUCAGGAUAGUGAAAAGCGUAGUGGCAAAGGGCAAGAGAAUCGAAAACCCCAAAACGAAGACGGAGAGGAAGGCUGAAAGACAGCGGGUCGAUAAAUUGCACAAGCGUCUCGAAGAAGGGAAAGCCAAGCAGACCAAGUUUCUGUUACACACCCCAGACGGCGAAAUGUACGACGCACGGAAGCCUGUCCUUAUUCCAGACGAAGCUGGAGACGAGGACGUUGCCGGCGAGCAGAUGACAGCGGAAGAGGCGGCAGCCAUCGAACAUGCCGACUUCAUGAAGAAUGGCAGUUCUUACCGACCCCGGGCGCUUACUCCACCGUCUGGGCUUGUCGCGAAGAACGUCGUUGCGGGAGUCAAGCGCAGGUCAAGCGAUUCGAAUCCCUUUGCGACACUCAAGAUGGGCCAAGCUUGA